AUGUCAGCAGCCUCAAGUAGGAUCUGCUCCGGCUUCAACUUCCUAACAAACAGACUGCCUAAUUCCCUGCCCAGUGGUAGUGGUGCCCCCGCAUCCUCGUCUUUACGCCCCUUUCGUCUGUCCCGUAGCGAACAACCGCCUACUCCACAGGCUUGCACAAAUGAUGUUCAAAACUUGGAGCCAAACACUAAAGACUUAUACCCAGAGGCAGAUGAGGUAGGUUAUUUUGAACAACAUGUUGACAACCUAUUUGCUGCAUCGAAGGCUCAAAAGCGCAAGAGAUGCAAGACCACUGAAUUUUGGGAUGUUAAAACAAUUGAAUCCGAUGGCACAAUCAAACAUCUCAAAUUGAGUGUGAAGGAAGCUAUGAAGCCACCUAACGGAAGAAAGAUUGUACUGAGAUUCAACAGUGAACUACAACCAGUUGGGGAUGAAGCUAGCAUAUUGAGCGGCAUUCUCAGACUGCUAGGAUCUGACUACACCAAAUUCUCAAUUUGCGAGAAGGACUGGAGAAAGGUUCACACCAGGGACAAGGUCUAUAAUGAAUGUGUAAAGGAAAUGUUCCAUUUUGAUGAAGAUUGUGGAGCAAUUAUCAAGCAUAUAAUAUUAAAAAUGCUAGGAAGGACUUGGAAGGAAACCAGAAACAGGUUAUACCAUCAUUGUUAUGCCUCAGAACAGACUCUUGAAGAAAAUAUUGAACACCGCCCAUCGGAAAUUACUGCAGAUGAUUGGAGAUGGUACCUCAAUUAUCGUAAUAGUGAAGAGACAAAGGAGAAGUGUAAGAAAAAUGUUGAGAAUCGAUCAAAGCAGCUUUACACCCACAUUGGCAGAUCGAAAAGCUUGGCAAGGCUUGGAGAAGAAGAGUCGAAACGACAAGGGAGGAGAGUUGGUAGAGGAGAGUUGUAUCUCUUAACGCAUAAAAGACCUAAUGGCUCCUAUAUUCAUGAUGUAGCUCAGACUAUUGGUGAAAGAAUUGAGGCUAUUGAGUAG